GCUUGUCGAGUAUGACUUUUGGCUGAGAACUGGCCGGCAGCUCCAACAGCUGAUUGAUGGCAGACUGUAUCUACAGCCUCGCCAAAGGAGGCUGAGCUUGUACUGACCCUCCCCCAUGGACUUGACCCUCCCCCUCCUCCUCCUCCCCCCUCUCCCUCAAUCUUAGGGGGCUCCUGUUCCUUCUUCUUCUCCACUCCCCUCCCUUGUCCCGCUAUUCCCGGGUGUGAUUCACCCCACUCUCUCUGUCUCUGUCUCUCCCUCACUCCUUGCCACGGCGCCGAUGGCUCCAGCCCACUUCUCCCUCCUGCUGCUGCUGCUCCAGGCUCUGCAUCGCCCGGCGCUGGGCUUCGACUACGAAGCGAACCUCUACGAGUAUUUUCCAGACCAAGAUGACCCGGCAGACGUGGACUACAAAGACCCCUGUAAAGCCGUUGCCUUUCUUGGGGACAUUGCACUGGAUGAAGAUGAUCUGAAAUUAUUCAAGAUCGACAGGGUUCUAGAUUUCAACAAUCACAAAAUCCAAACCUUUGGACACUCCUCAGGUCAGUUAACUAGUUCACACUGGAAUGGAACGAGUCUCCCGCAGGGUGGCCGGGCUGGCUUGUCGGGCAGCGAGCAGCAGAGAGGUAACCGUGGCCGGAAGGGCAAGAGGAAGGCUGAGCGUCGGCGGGGCAGAAAGUUCCGGAAGAACGACACUCGCAGUCGGGUGCGUCGAGCCUCCACCUCGCGGCCUGAGCGGGUGUGGCCUGAGGGGGUCAUUCCGUACGUGAUCGGUGGCAACUUCACUGGGAGCCAGAGAGCUAUUUUCAGGCAAGCAAUGAGACAUUGGGAGAAAAAUACCUGCGUGACAUUCCUGGAACGAACAGAGGAGGAGAGCUACAUUGUUUUUACUUACAGACCCUGUGGCUGCUGCUCGUAUGUGGGUCGGAGGGGAGGAGGACCACAGGCCAUCUCCAUUGGGAAGAACUGUGACAAGUUUGGCAUCGUGGUCCAUGAACUUGGACACGUGAUUGGCUUCUGGCACGAGCACACGCGGCCUGACCGGGAUGAGCACGUGUCCAUCGUCAGGGAGAACAUACAACCGGGCCAAGAGUACAACUUUCUAAAGAUGGAGCCGGAAGAGGUGGACUCGCUGGGAGAAAUGUACGACUUUGACAGUAUCAUGCACUAUGCCAGGAACACCUUCUCCAGGGGCAUUUUCCUGGACACCAUCCUUCCUCGGUACGAUGAUAACGGCGUCCGGCCUCCUAUCGGACAGCGGACGCGAUUGAGCAAGGGAGACAUCAGCCAGGCUCGGAAGCUGUACAGGUGUCCAGCAUGUGGAGAUACCCUUCAAGACUCGAUGGGAAACUUUUCUUCUCCUGGUUUUCCAAAUGGAUACUCAUCUUUUACACAUUGUGUGUGGAGAAUAUCGGUCACUCCUGGAGAGAAGAUUAUUUUAAAUUUCACAGCUAUGGACACAUUCCGGAGCCGACUGUGCUGGUACGAUUACGUGGAAGUACGUGAUGGAUACUGGAAGAAGGCCCCACUGCGUGGUAGAUUCUGUGGUGAUAAAAUUCCACCUUCUCUCAUCUCGACGGACAGUCGUCUGUGGAUCGAGUUCCGAAGCAGCAGUAGCUGGGUUGGCAAAGGUUUCUCCGCUGUCUAUGAAGCCAUCUGCGGAGGGGACAUCAGCAAAGAUCUGGGGCAGAUCCAGUCUCCAAACUACCCCGACGACUACCGACCCUCGAAAGUCUGCAUCUGGAGGAUAAGAGUCUCCGAUACUUUCCAUGUGGGACUGGCCUUUCAGUCGUUUGAGAUUGAGAGGCACGAUAGCUGUGCCUAUGAUUACCUGGAAGUGCGCGAUGGGAGCGCGGAAGACAGCCCUCUGAUCGGCCGCUACUGUGGCUACGACAAACCUGAUGACAUCAAGUCGAGCUCCAACAAACUGUGGAUGAAGUUUGUAUCCGACGGUUCUAUCAACAAAGCUGGCUUCUCUGCGAACUUCUUCAAAGAGGUGGACGAGUGUUCCAGGCCGGACAACGGAGGGUGUGAGCAGCGCUGUGUCAAUACUCUGGGCAGUUAUAAAUGUGCGUGCGAACCUGGGUACGAACUCGCAAACGACAAACGCAGCUGCGAAGCUGCGUGUGGUGGCUUCUUGACCAAACUCAACGGUUCCAUAACCAGCCCCGGGUGGCCCAAAGAAUACCCACCCAACAAGAACUGCGUCUGGCAGGUGGUGGCACCAACGCAAUAUCGCAUUUCCCUGGAGUUCGAGUCCUUUGAGGUGGAGGGCAACGACGUGUGCAAGUAUGAUUAUUUGGAGGUGCGCAGUGGGCUCUCCGCCGACUCCAAGCUUCACGGCAAAUUCUGCGGUCCCGAAAGGCCAGAGGUGAUUACGUCCCAGUACAACAACAUGCGGAUCGAAUUCAAAUCCGACAACACUGUGUCGAAGAAAGGUUUCAAGGCUCACUUCUUCUCUGACAAAGACGAGUGUUCGAAGGAUAAUGGUGGCUGUCAGCACGAGUGUGCCAACACCUUUGGGAGUUACACCUGUCAGUGCCGCAGUGGCUUCAUGCUCCACGAGAACAAGCACGACUGCAAGGAAGCCGGGUGUGAACACAAAAUCAACAGUGUUUCAGGAGUCAUCACCAGCCCCAACUGGCCGGAUAAGUAUACCAGCCGUAAGGAAUGUACCUGGGAGAUCAUCACCACACCUGGGCACCGUGUGAAACUGGCGUUCAACGAGCUGGAUAUUGAGCAGCACCAGGAAUGUGCCUACGAUCACUUGGAGCUCUAUGAUGGCAAAGAUGCCAAGGCGAAGGUGAUUGGAAGAUUCUGUGGCAGCAAGAAGCCUGAGCCUCUAACCUCCACCUUCAACAGGAUGUUCAUUAAGUUCUUCUCCGACAACUCUGUACAGAAGAGAGGCUUUGAAGCCACGCACACUUCUGAAUGUGGUGGAAGAUUGAAGGCAGAAGUGAAGACCAAGGAUGUGUACUCCCACUCCCAGUUUGGGGAUAAUAAUUACCCGGAGGGUGCGGACUGCCAGUGGGUGAUCCAGGCUGAGGAGGGAUACGGUGUGGAGCUGAUAUUCCAGACCUUCGAGAUCGAGGAGGAAGCGGACUGCGGCUAUGACUACAUGGAAUUAUUUGACGGUUCGGACGACACUGCCCCAAGACUGGGCCGGUUCUGUGGCUCGGGGCCUCCUGAGGAGAUUUACUCUGCUGGAGAUUCCAUCAUGAUCCGGUUCCACACAGACGACACCAUUAACAAGAAGGGAUUCCACGCUCGCUACACAAGCACCAAAUUCCAAGACACUCUUCACUUGAGGAAAUAAUCCAACUCUCGACACACACACACACACACAGAGACUGGAGUUUGCAAGUUUUUUUUUAAAUCGUACUGUAAAUUUUGACACGAGGAACAUAGCCAUUUCCCAAAUUUCGGCAUUUUAACAAGCUGAAAUGACUCGAGUGUAUUAUGAUAUGUGACGCUUCAAAGCAGCAAUGACUGGGACCCAACACGCGUCUCAGCUUUGCAGUGUUUUAACCAUAAACGGACUGUGUUGUGAGAGAUGACAUCUCCUGAAGGGAACAUGAUCUAAAGCUGUUGUGUGGAUCGCUUGUAGUGGGCAUGCAUACAUUGGCUUUCUUUCAGACAACACCUGAGUAGCCUAAUGGUCCCUGGACUUCUGUGAAACCUCUCUAGGGCUUUGUUUACUGUUCAAGUCGCCAGCCAUGACCAAGAGCCACGAGGUAAGUAGCAGGCUAUCUAGUACUGAUCUCGACUGGGUUGCCAGCAGAGCUGUUGAAUUGAUACCAGGCAUGUCUAGGGUCUUGUCCGAGCCUACUCUCGCACGCCCAGUGCACGCUCUGUGCCAGAGUCCUGUUGCCAGUGGACAAGGAGCCAUUUAACCGUUCCCUCCAUUGCCGAAUGGUGCUCAGCAGAAACGACCUCGCAAUGGAACUACCUGCUCAACAAAAUGUAGCCACAUGCAAACAGCCCCUUUAGCCUCAAGUCCUGGUCUCCACAAAGUGUUUAUUUCUGCAGCGCAGUGUGUGACCACCUUUUAUCACAGUCUCGGUCUGCCAAGAAGGAUCUCUGGAUAAGUUGCAUUGCGGAUUUAACGACCGGGUCAAUUUGAAUUCUGUCUCCUGUCUCACCGAAUGACCGAUUAAGGGCUGUCCCACUUACGUGUUUUUCUCGGCGACUUGCCGGCACCCGUCAUCGUUGCAGCAGGUGGCGGAAAAUGUUCAACAAGUUGAAAAUCCAACGGGGACCAGAAACAGGUACGACCACUCACAACCAUGAAGGUGUCACCCCGCACGCAACAUGUCGCCCAAAGAGUCGUACCUUUUUCUGGUCACCGCUGGAUUUUCAACACGAUGAAGAUUUCCGGCCACUAUGACAAGUGCUGGCAAGUUGCCGAGAAAAUCACGUAAGUGGGACAGGCCCUUUGGAAAUUGCUUCCUGUAUUCCGCAGAACACGUGGGGACAAGAGGGCUGGGAGUUGUGAUCCCACCUGGCUGACAAAGUACAUACAACAUGAGUUGCUGGAGAUACUUGGCUGGUAUUCAUUCUUUGAAGCCCAAUAAAAAGACAUACUGCA